GGUUUGAACGUGGUCAGUCAGUUCUAUCAAGAUGCUAUGAAUGCGUUCAGACCAAUUCUAACAUGGAUGUUUGGCGAGUUGGAAAAUGUUGACAUCUACCCACUCCAGCACUCAAUCACCACGGUCAUUGUUGGUCAGGUUUACGACUUUGUAUACAUGUUGGAGCGUUUGACUGAACUCCGAGCUGUUAAGCCCCUGUUAUUGACGGGCAAUGAGCACAACCUAAUCAACCGAUUGAAAACUCUGGAGAGCCGAGUCGUGGCCGCCGUCGAGGGGGCAAAGAAUAGAGGAAUUAUUCACCCGCCUAUGAAUACCCUUAUGAUUCAGUAUUACGAUAAGAUCAACGCCUUUUUGAACGUUGAGUUCCCCAAAUUAAACCAAGCGAUCGGUACUUUAACCUCAGCUGAACUCAGACAGCAAACCAUUCAACAACUGAUCAUCGAUCUGACACACUUGACCCAAAUACCCUUUACCCUUUAA